AUGCCUGUGUUCCUGUUGGGACUUCACAUCUCCGGUGUGAUGGUCAUGGACGGAGUAUUCAGGGAACGCCUACCAAAAAUAUGCAGUAAGGCACGAUUGGCUGGUGGUGAAUUACUGGGUGGUGUAUUGACACGGUGUGGUGAUGUCCGUCGUGUUUGUGCACCUCUUGGUGAGACACCGCUGGGUGGUGAUGAAAUUGGUGAUGAAGUGGGAAAAUAG